AUGGCGCUUCUGGAUGUGUUUAAGCGAAGGCGCCAGGCUGCUGGGCAGGAGGAUGAACCUACGGUAACGGUUGCCGAAGAUAAUGUCGAGAUGCCCUCUCCCUCGAAGGAUAAGCUGGACGGCACCAUCGUGGAUGAGGAGACGAUCAAGGUGCAGGGCGAAACGGCCGCUAUUGAGCAAGAGAGUCACGAUAACCCCGAAAUCGCUGCGCUGCCCUUGCAAGUGCGUCAACUGAUCAACUUGACGGACGACCCGACACUGCCGACCAUUACUUUCCGCUACUUUGUACUGGCGGCUCUAUUCGUCAUUCCCGGCGCCUUUUUGUCCCAGAUGAGCUAUUUCAGAACCACCAAAGCUCCUUACUCUGUUUUCUUCGUUCAGAUCGCCUGUCACUAUGCCGGUCAUUUCUUGGCUAAAACACUUCCCGCUUGGAACAUUCGAGUGCCCGGAACUAGCUGGGGAUUUAGCUUGAACCCGGGACCCUGGAGUAUCAAGGAGCACGUGCUGGUCACCGUGACUGCAGCUUCUGGUGCAACCUAUAACCUGGGAUAUGCCCCGAUUGUACUCGCAGAGCUUUGGUAUGGAGAACGGAUUAACCCUGCCGUGGCUAUCUUCUUCAUGCUUUCAAUUGUGUGGAUUGGAUAUGCAUUUGCUGCGCUGGCACGAAACAUCCUCCUGCCGGAUCCAGAGUACAUCUGGCCCCAGGCUCUGAUGCAGACUACACUAUUUGAGACGUUCCGAAAGACGGAUACCUCUUCGCGCCUCGCACGGCGGCAAAUGAAGGUAUUCUUCUUUGCUUUGCUGGGGAUGACACUAUGGCAGUUCCUUCCCGAGUAUGCCUUCCCUUUUACCUCGUCUUUGGCCUUCCUGUGCUGGGUUGCGCCGCGGAACCCGGUGGCCAACUUCAUCGGGUCUGGAUUGGGAGGAAUGGGCUUCCUCAACCUCUCCCUGGAUUGGUCGAACAUCAACUGGAACGGUUCUUCUAUCAUGUUGACCCCAUUCUGGACACAGGUUCUCCUGUUCCUGGCCUUUGCCUUUAAUUGUUGGGUCCUCAUUCCUGCAGCGAAAUGGGGAAAUAUGGGGUCUUUCAAACAUGGACUCAUGUCCAAUAGCUUGAUGUUGGCGAAUGGUACCACCUAUCCGACGACAGAGGUGCUUACUCCCGAUUAUCACCUCAAUCAGACCGCCUACGAGCACUACGGCCCCAUGUACAUGGGAAUGCAGAACGUGUGGGCAACUUUCUUCGACUACGCCAAGCUUCCAGCUGCGAUUACUUGGAUCGCGACAUUUGGCUUCUCACAAGUCAGCGCAAACCUAAAGAAGAUAUUUGAAAGUCGCAAGGCGGCCAAGGCUGCCAAGGCUGCUGGAAACCAGACCCAGGACCAGGGUAUUCACCACGCAUAUCACGAUCGUCUGAAUGUGAUUCAGAGACAAUACAAGGAGAUUCCCCUGUGGUGGUACUUUUUGCUGUUCCUGGCGGGAUUCGUCAUCUUGAUCACUUGCAUCGCGUGUGGAUAUCUCUUCAUUCCGAUCUGGACCUUGUUCGUGGCUGUUUCCAGUGCGGCAGUCUUCGUCAUCCCAUUCGCAUGGCUCUAUGCCAUCUCCAACUACCAGCUCGAGACGGGCUCAUUCAAUGAGCUGAUGUAUGGCUACAUGGUGCACACCAAGGCAGGCGAGGGUCACCAGCACCCCUGUGGACCCUCCGUGUAUGGCGCCAUUGCUGGAGAUGCAUGGUAUCGAGCGCAGUAUAUGCUCCAGGACCAGAAGAUCGGCCAUUAUAUGCACAUUCCUCCUCGAGAAAUUUUCUUCUCCCAGAUAUUCGGUGUCUGCAUGGGUGUUCCUAUCAACUAUGCCGUCAUCCGGUGGAUCAUGGAUACCAAGGGUGACUAUAUCACCGGCAAGAAGACCGAUCCUCUCAACCAAUGGACUGGCCAGAGUCUCCGGAAUUCCAACACGAUGGGUGUCCAGUAUGCUAUUCUAGGACCGAAGCGACUUUUCGCUGAAGCCGAGAUGGCGCCGCUGCCCUGGUCGUUCCUCGUGGGAGCCGCCAUCCCGCCCAUUCUCUAUAUCUUCCACCGAUUCUUCCCGCGGUUGCGCAUUGAGCUGUGGAAUGUCAGUAUCUUCUUCGGCGGUCUGGCUAUGUUCUACGGAAAUGUCAGCACUGGCUAUACGUCGGCGAUUAUCGGUGGGUACGUUGUGAUGUACUGGGCAUACCGCAAGCACUUUGAGGUGUGGAAGCGCUAUAAUUAUCUGGUUGCAGCUGCAUUCGAUGCUGGAUUCAACUUGAACAUGCUGCUUAUCUUUUUCUUCUUUGGUGCUGGCAAGCAGAUCUCGAUGCCCAACUGGUGGGGGAAUAAUAGCGAGUCGGUUGAGCGGUGCUUUGCGUUGUAA